CGCGCGCGAACAGUUUGGCCACGACCACGUCGCCGCAUGCACGCCAACUCUCUCUCCCGCUCUCCACUGCACGCCGCUGCCAUGCGAGCCGUCUUCGCUAUCGCCUGCUCAGUGCUGAUGGUAACUGCUGCUGCCGCCCCUGAUUGCGGCCAAGAUGAACUACUGGGCUGCCUCAAACCAAUAAACCUUCUCAAGUACGUUACGGACAGAAGAGAACUGGAUGAAGUAUGUCGGGAUCUGAUGAAUUCUUUGAAUUGUGUCGACGUGUACACUCAACAGUGCAUGACUAAGCUGCAGCGUGAUCACUUCAUGCACCUGUACUCUGGGACAGUAACAGUCACUAAGGAAAUAUGUCAGGAUGGAAAUUAUAAAGAAGAGUACCUGGUGCACGCGCCGUGCAUGCGUGAGGUGAACCUGCGGAACGAGGACUGCGCCUCGGACUACCAGGAGGCGAUCCGUCAGAACGUGCCCAGCGCCGAGCCGCGGUCCCAGCAGGAGUCGGACGCCAAGCUGCAGCAAGUCUGCUGCUCGUUCCAGCAGUACCUAACUUGCUCCACGACGGCGGCGCUCAGCGGUUGCGGCGUAGCCACUGCCAACUUCACCAAGCACUUCCUCGACCGCAUGGCCAGGCCGCUUGUCGAGGGCCACUGCGAGAAAUUCGCCAAGGUAUGCGGAGCAGACGCUGGGAGUGCGUCUGUGGGUCCAACUGAGCUGUCCCUGGCGCUGGUGGCUCUGCUGCACCCGGCACUGGCUCUGCUGUACCGGACGUGAGCUGGUGGCGCCCACCUGGACCUGUAGCCUACCCAACAACCGUAGCUGUCCUAGCGGCUGUACGGGCUUCACACGCCCUUUUCUCAGUCCUUCUCCGUAGAGACUGAAUUCAUGUAUGCGGCGAACUUUUAAAUGGUCCCACUUCGGUUUCAUACUGUCCGUCUUCGAUGAUUUUUAUUUUCUUUUUGCAAAAAUGUUUCCUAUCGUUUUGGAUUGCUCAAGACUUAAGAGAUUUAUCGAAUACUAUGUGUGGCUAUUUCUGCAUAUCGAUCGUCCUAAAAUAACUUACACUCUUUCGUACCAAAGUACUCUUAGUGUUUAAAGACUCGUAGGUUAGGUAUAUCAGAAAAGUAUUACAUUUCACCUGCAUCGUCCUUAACUGUGAUAAAUACUGGUGGUUCGACUGAUCGUUGACUGAACUAAACUGUGAAGACAUCAAAAUACUCGAUAGGCGUUUGCUGUAAGCUACAGGGAAUGGUGUGUGUGUGUGUGUGUGUGUGUGUGUGUGUGUGUGUGUGUGUGUGUGUGUGUGUGUGUGUGUGUGUGUUUCACAGUGUUAUCAGUUCGCUUGAUGUACACUUUAAGUAGCUAUCGUUCCUUGUCUGUUAUGGUUAGACUGUUUUUUCUUCAAGGUAGCACUGUCAUCCAUUGCACGGUGUAGCUUCCGAAAGUGCACGCAACCACACUUGUAGAUAGGAAAACUGGCUGCAAUGGUGGCGGCUUUUAAAUCGCAUUACGGAAUGCAGUAAAGGAUUGUCACAAGCAAUUCCUUUUCCUCACAUUCAAGAAAAGAUUUUAUGUUUUAGAAAAUCAAUUUGUACAUAUGUGUUAAGUUAUUGUUUUCAACUGUACAGUUGACGGCUAGUAAUAAGUAGUGCACACCUAAUUACUGUUAGUGGUAAAUACCUCUUUUUAUUGUUAACUGUUGUUCUUGUGGAUGUAUUUACUGUCGUAGCGAAAAUAUAUAUGAUUGGAAAGUAUUAAAGAAUA